AUGUUGAUGCCACCGCGCCAGAUGGCUCUGCAAUGCCCUCGAGUGUUUGUUCCGGCCCAGUCGGCUCAGCAUUUUGUGCAGACCGGGGCACCACUGUCGUAUGUGGCAGCAAUGAGGAUGACUCCAGGCCCUUGGCUGAGCAGUGGUGGGGUUCAGCAGGUGAGGGUGGUUGUGAAGCCGCAGCCAGUCGUUCAGGUGCGUUCGAAUGCAGUCUAUCCAGCAUGCCCGGGCCAAUUGCCACGAGUUCACGGAUUUGCACAGACUACCAUGGUCAAUGUGGCGCCCAUGGCACCUGCGGGGAAGCCUGGUGUUGAGGUUCUUGAGCCUUGUGAGGUUGCAAAGCUUCUUCAAGCUGGCAGCUGUCUAUUGGUGGAUCUUCGUGAUGGUGACCGCAAUGUGGGAACCAUCAAUGGCGCCAUCAAUGUCCCAGCCAUCAAGCGCACCAAUGGCACCGUGACUUUACCAUUCUUCACGGA